UUUGGCGGGGGUGACUCAGCUCGUGCUCCUAUGCAGCAUUGUCACAAGAGCGGGGGCGGUGGGCCUGAAUCUGGGGGAGGUGGUGCAUCCAGGUGGCGGAUGGGAAGAGGACGUUGCACAAGCAGCGAGUCAGGUGGUGAAGCGCUACCUGGCUGGAUGUCACCUGGUGCUGGCCGCCCCUCGCCCCUCGCGUGCACUGCCUCACCUCAUCAGGCGUCUCUCUGAGGUGGGCGAGCUGGCAGUGUUCCUGCAGCCUUGCGGGGACGCCAAGCUGCUCCACGGAAGCACCAAAGAAAAAGUCUUCCAGGGGAAUGAUGGAGUGCCGUACUUUUGGCGCGAGGUGUGGGGGUCCAGCAAGGCCACGUGUCGCGCCUUCCUGCUUGACCACACCGCUUGCGGCACCGAUACAGCCGCCAGAUUGGUGUCGUGGUCUGGGUUGUGGCUGCAGCCCAGGACUCGGGUGGUUCUGAUUGGCAGUGGGGAGGACGUUAACGAGCUCUUCCAACACUCAGCUCUUCGCAAUUCUCUUCACGUCCUCUACAUCACACGUCGUUUUUUCACGUCACACGAUGCGAGAAAGACGACAAAAAACAUAGGUAAGCGCCGCGCCGUGGAGGUGUACAGUCGGUGCCUUUACUGCACGGCGCAGGAAGCCAGACCACGGUUACUUCACCACUGGGACUUGGAAGACGGCAUAUCUAAGAACGUUGAAAUAUUUAAUGGUGAUGCAGAGGACUUCAAGGGUUUCAAGUUGAUCGUUGUUUCGCUGUCCUAUUUUCCGUACAUAAGCUACAAGUAUGUCCAAAGUGCUACCGGCCCGAUAGUACUCUACCUUGAGGACUCUCUCAACACUCGCAUGCUUAACACUCUUGCUCGGCAUAUGAACUUUACGUACGAACUGCGGCAUGCGUCUGACGGGAAAUUCGGAACGCCGGCGGAAGGCGGUAACUGGACAGGUGUGGUGGGCACUCUGCAGCACGAGAUGGCAGACUUCUCCAUGGACCUGACAGUGACGCCCCAGAGAGCAGAGGUGGUGGAAUACUCAAGGGCAUACAUUGAUGAGUCCCUUGUGAUUCUGUCGUCCAAACCAAAACCCUUGCCUGAGUACUUGUCUGUUGUCAGACCUCUUGAAGGCGAGGUGUGGGGAGCAAUUGUGAUGUGCGUCAUGAUCUGGGGCUCAGUGCUGUGGAUGAUGGAGAGACUGUCGCACUGGAUUAGCGGAAGGCGUUACCUCAGCUUCACGUCGUCCAUCUUCUAUGGCUGGGGUCUGCUGCUUGAGGAUCGACCCUUUGAACCUCCUUCCACCACGUCCAGCCAGAUCCUUGUUGGCACGUGGUUGCUCGUGUAUCUAAUAGUAUCGCCAGCCUACAGAGGCUCUCUCAUCUCUCAUCUAGUGGUGGAAAGCAAAUCAUCCGUUAUAAACAGCAUGGAGGAGCUGGCGGAGCGGGGAAAGACUCAAAGCUGGGUCUGGGGCGUCUCAGGAGUUCCAAUGACAGGCGCAUAUAGACCGUUUUUUGCCUCCAGUCCCAGUCCAGCCGUGCUUGAAGUUUACAAGUACAUUGAGAUUGUCGAAAAGGAAGAAGGAAUGGCAAGAGUCUUGGAAGGAGGUUUCUCAUACAUCGACAACUAUUACUUCAUCAAAACACUGGUGUCCACGUACUACACGGACAGGACAGGCUACACCCCUGUCCACAUCAGUACCACCCGCUACCCGCUGUACGGUGGCAACGGCUGGGCAUUCCGGAAAGGGGCGCCCUUCCGCUCACGCAUCAAUAACGGCAUACAGCGGUUCCUGGACGCGGGGCUCAUCACGACGUGGAUGGAUGAAGUCAUUCUUUCCAAAGUCAGAAGGGAACGGGAGGCACUAAAGGAGAAAGACGUUGGAUCGCAGCUCACUCUCGAAACAGCCAGCGACGGUCAGGUGGUGCUUGGUCUCAGUCACCUGCAGGGCACAUUCUACACGCUCUUUCUGGGUCACACUCUGGCUUCCCUUUCCUUCUUCUGCGAGAUUGUACUGAGGCGCCGCUGACUAUGCAAAUGCAGACUGCCGAGCGAGAAUAUACGUGCUAAGAUAGCGAAUAAAAUGUGCUUCCUGUACUUCUGCAAGGACACUAACCAACUGAAUAUGAUUUUAUUUCUGCUCAUUGUAACUUUUUUUCUGCAAGCUAACUUC